UUAGGCUUAGAAGUUUUUGCAGAGAAGAGUGAUGGGGGCGGAGUCGUGCAAGGGUGACAUCCUUGCGCUGCCGGAGGACUGCAUAGCAUAUAUUAUCUCCUUCACCAAUCCCAGGGACGCAUGCCGCCUCGCGAUUCUAUCCUCUGUUUUAUCCUCUGCAAUUCGAUAUGAUUUCGUCUGGGAGUCUUUUAUGCCCUAUGAUUAUCGCCAAAUCCUUUCGCGCUCCGUCGCCGGUUCCGAUUCGCUGCUCAGAAAAUUUAGUUCGAAGAAGGAACUCUACGACUAUCUAUGUGAUCAUCCGAUCCUCAUCGAUGACGGUCGCAAGAGCUUUUCAUUGGAUAGAUCUACCGGAAAGGUUUGCUGCAUGCUGUCUGCAAAAGAAGUGUGUUCAGAAAUGAUAAAUCGGACUUCAUUACCUGAAUCCAGGUUUUCAGAGGUGGCAGAGAUUCCUAAAAAUCGCGCUCUGAGGAUACAUGGCCCUGGUUACGCCGAAAUGCCUCCCCUGACCCCCGACACCAAAUACAUAGCCUACUUUGUGUUCUCUUUCAAUACAGAAACAGAUGGAUUUAAACUUCCCGCCAAUCCUAAGCAUGCUAAGGUGGAGCUCCAAUGGUGGCCUGAUAAGAGAAAAUUUUUGAUUUGUUUGUUGCCAAAAGAUGCAAUCCAUGAUGAGAAUUUAGAUGAUCGAUAUCUUGAUUUCAUAUGCCAUCCGGAUAUUUUGUGGCCAAAUACUAGGCUUGACGGAUGGCUGGAAAUUGAGUUAUGGGAGUUAUUCAUUACUAGAGAAAAACGUGAAUCCAACGAAGAUGGGAGAGAGUAUCAUCAAAAACUGCAGCUCGACACUGACUCUUGGAAGUGUGGUAUCCAUAUUGAAGGUAUUGAAUAUAGGCCCAAACAUUGAUUGCUUUAUUUAGCUCGGAGAAUGGUAAAUAAGGAUGGAUGAACACAUCUGUUUUUUUUCGGUUUCUUUUGUUAGUUAAAUUAUGUUUUAUGAAGUUACUUUUGUUCUUUU